AAACGUCUGUCAUGCUCCUGGCUUCCUGCCCGGGCUGGGCGUGGCCAACCAAUCAGUAGACACACACCUGCGCCUCAUGAAUGUUAAUGACACUCAGUACAUAUAGGACCCGGGGGACGACAAGUCCUCUGCCAGAUCGUUGCCUUUGAUGCCUUGUUCCCGCACUCCCGUUUGCCUGACGUCUACCUUCCAUGUACAGACCCACGCCUGUCCCAUGACCAUACUCAGUCGUGCAUUUGGGUCCACCCUCGAGCCCCGUUUGUGACAGAACGAUCUGGCCACAAGAUGGACCCAGCUGACUCAGAAGCUAUCUGCUGCUCACUGCAAAUCCAUGGCAGAGGCCUGGUUGAGCAGGAGGCUGGUCUCCAGGAAGGGCGGAGGCAUGGGCCACGGCAGAAUGGAGUCAUAACUCAGACUUGUCGUUUCUGGACGUCAUUCGUCUGCGCACUCAUCCAAGUUUUCCAGUAUGCAGCGCCGGAACGGACUCUCUUCGCAAAUCCGUGGACUCCUCAUUGCCGUGGAUCUCCUCCAUUCGCUGGACGCGCUCAUCGUGUUGGCCCUCAAGGUCGACCAGCGACUGGUGGAGGGUCUCGACGGGAGGGGCGCUGUUUCUACUGCGGGCGUCUAGGACACUUGAUCGCCUGCUCCCCGGUUCGACCAAAGCACCCCGGCAUCAGAAUCUCCACUCCGGUAUGGUUCCACUCCACGUCAUGCACGGCUAUCCUCCCUCUCUGUUUCCUUCAUUGGCCACGGACUCUGCGGUGCCGUCAGCCCUGGCGGUGGUACGACGAUGCAAAGGAACCUGGCAGACAGCUCGGAGGACGCUGCUACGUAUGGGCAGCGUCUACAAGUCCGCAAUGGACCACAAGAGGAGAGUUGCACCAGAGCUCAAGGUGGGACAGCGUGUGUGGGUCUCCACCAAAGAUCUGCCGAUGCGGAUGGAAUCUUGCAAACUCGCUCCCAGGUUCGUUGGUCCUUUCCCGGUCAUGAAGAUUAUUAACCCGGUUGCCGUAUCACUCAAGUUACCCAGGUCGAUGAGGGUUCGGACGACGUUCCACAUUACCAGACUGCACCCGACUCGUCCUUCUCCACUGGUUCCUCCGGCCAAGCCCCCCCUCCACAUGGUGGACGGCGGCCCGGUGUAUACUGUGCACCGGCUGCUUUCCUCCCGCCGCAGAGGAAGGGGGGUCCAGUACCUAGUGAACUGGGAGGGAUAUGAACUGGAGGAGCGCUCCUGGAUCCCCUCCCAUUUCAACGUAGACUCCUCCCUCAUCAGGGACUUU